CUCCGAGCGCCUCGCACAGCAACAUGAACACAUUAAGAACAGUACAGCGCCUGCGUCUGACCGUUCGCGUUCACCUCAAGUCACAAACUCGGUUCUAUGCAACGCAUAGAGAUGCUUACCCGACGUCGACCCCACCACCUACUGGCACUCCGUCGCUGCUUUCCCAGCUCCCAUCAAGGUCAGACACGAGCAACGUCGGACCGUUUGCGCUGCAGCUGGAUAGGAGCCCUGCAAGUUCAGAGGAUACAAAGCCGUGGUCGCAGUUGAAUGCUGCUCAAAGGGUGAGGCGCACGACCGCGAGGACGACAAACUUCAGUGUCAUCAUUGCCGGCGCAGGACUGAGUGCUAUCAUCGUAUAUGCGCUUGCGACCGAGCUUUUUGCACGAAACUCGCCGACAGUGCUGUAUGGCGAAAUCUGCGAGAAGCUGAAGGCAUCCUCUCUCAUCACAUCCCAACUCCAUCCUCCCCUCAUAUUCCACAACAACCCCCCGUCCCUCCACGUACCGCGACAUCGUGGUCGGCAAGUACCGGCUCAGAUCGUCGUCGACUCUGCAGGGCGAGAGCACCUCAUCUUCCGGUUCUGGGUCGAAGGCAAGGGUUCGCGACCGACGUUGGCAUCUGAACCGCCAGACGAUCCUGAGGAUCCACUGUGGGAUCGAGCGCUAAAACACGCACGGAAGUUUUCGGUGAAAGUAGCAGACCAGUCACGGAGGGCAUUCGCUUUCUUAGUGGGAGAACCGCUCCCUGCUGCUCCGACGACGCCGAAGACUCUUCCAGCGCCUGCCGAGCCGGUGACGGAGGAGAAGAAACCGAGCGGGUGGGGUAUUGCGGGAAUGUUUAGCGGGAUAAGAGGGAAUAUGGGUGGGAAGAAGAAGGCUGCACAAGCACUCGAACUGGAUUUCGAGGGUGAGGUACAUGUCGAUAUGAUCAAGAACGAACGGGGUGACUUCGUCUAUCAACAUCUAUUCGUGGACAUUCCCAGCACACGGUCUGCCAGGGCAAGACGGAUCUACAUCGAGGGUACGCCGAAGAGCGGGCAACAACAGAUAAUAUGGCAGUAG